GCCACCGGAAGUGGUUUUUUAACGUGUAGCGGAAGUCAUAUCACAAACGGCUGCGGAGUUCAGUCUUGAAAAUAAAGUGUCUUAUUUCACGAUUUGAAAAUAACCGGUGAAAGGUGUGUUGAGAUGCGGCGAUCUAAGCGGAUGCGGUCUCCGGAUGGCUGGAUCGCGGAGUACAGCUGGGAGGAGAGGGUGGAGGUGCACAAGAGACCGAAGCGCAGCUCACCCAGCGGGGAACGAGACCGGCAGCCCGGGCGAACACAUCACUAUAAAACAUACGAGAGGUGUCACAUUAGCUCCAAGAGGCUGGAGUGCCGAGAGCGCAGGGCCAGAGAGGCCAGUCCGGAGCAUGGCUGUUAUAAGGCUCAGGUUGACCCGAUCAGCGAGAUGGAGAGGGAGAAAGACGGCAAGCACUACAGCCAGUCAUCCGCGCGCAGCGGGCGCAGUCGGCGCAGCAGCAGAGAGCACCAGCGUUCACGCCACCCCAGUCCCUCCUCAAACUCGAGAAGUCAUCGCAGGAAAAGAACCAAGAGUAUUGAGGAUGAUGAGGAGGGUCACCUGGUCUAUCACAAUGGAGACAUGCUAAGAGCAAGAUAUGAGAUUGUAGGGACUCUGGGCGAAGGAGCCUUUGGAAAAGUGGUGCAGUGCCUCGAUCACUCAAAAGGUGGUGCACGAGUGGCGUUGAAGAUCAUCAAAAACAUUGAGCGCUACCGUGAGGCAGCAUUGUCAGAAGUUGAUGUGCUUGAGCGGAUAAAUUCGCUUGAUGGUGAAAAAAGAUUUGCUUGUGUCCGGAUGCUAGACUGGUUCGAUCACCACGGCCACGUCUGCAUAGUGUUUGAGCUGCUGGGACUGAGCACAUAUGACUUCUUGAAGGAGAAUGGAUUCAUGCCCUUCUCACUGAAUCAGAUCAGACUCAUGGCAGAUCAGAUCUUUAGAGCCGUGCUCUUUCUGCAUCGUAAUAAGUUGACGCACACUGACCUUAAACCUGAAAACAUUCUCUUUGUGGACUCCAACUAUGACAUUAAAUAUAACUUCAAGAUGAAGCGAGAGGAGAAGACCUUGAAGAGGCUGGAUGUGAAAGUGGUGGACUUUGGCAAUGCUACCUAUGACCAUGAGCAUCACACCUCUCUGGUGUCAACUCGCCACUACAGAGCUCCGGAAGUUAUUUUGGAACUGGGCUGGAACCAGGCGUGUGACGUGUGGAGUUUGGGCUGCAUCCUGAUUGAAUUUUAUCUGGGAUUAACGUUAUUUCAGACUCAUGACAGUAAAGAGCAUCUAGCCAUGAUGGAGAAGGUUCUAGGCCCCAUACCGACACACCUACUCCAGAAAACCAGGAAGCGGCGUUAUGUGCAUCAUGACAAACUGGACUGGGACGAGCACAGCUCUGCAGGGAGAUACGUGAGGAAACACUGUAAACCUCUAAAGCAAUAUAUGUCCUCUAAAACCACGGACCAUGAGCUGCUUUUUGACCUGCUGCAGAAGAUGAUGGAGUACGAUUCAUCCAAAAGAAUCACCCUGGAUCAGGCCAUCGGACAUCCCUUUUUCAACCCGUUAAGAAAAGAGAGAAAGUGACUCGAAGGCGACAUUGAGUGAACAUUACUGCUCCCAGGGAGACCGCUGCUGACUGUAUCAGUCCGCUUUAAGACUGCCUGCUUCAUUACCUCUGUCUGUAUUUAUUGUCAGUUUGAACAUAGGGGCCAAAUUCCUCUGUACUUUUGACACAAUAAACUUGAAUGAUUUGAAUGCAUGCCA